UUCUAGCUUAUCUUCCAUCCAUGCAAGGGCACAUCACUACGAAUCCAUUGCGCGGCGGAUACUAGUAGUCCCUGCUACGGAGAAUUCCGCUUCUCUUUCAACCUGCAUUCGGAUACUCAAUAGUUUCUCGCUUAGUCUAAUUUCUCGAAACCGUGGCUUUUUGGACGUGCAACCCUUCUGCAACACAUCGUGAUUGAGGUUUCGAGUUUCCUCCGGAGUCCUGAGAGUAAUGUUCACAGUUCCAAGGCGCAUCUCGAUGACACGGCACGUUCUGGGACGGCAAUAUGCACCUUAGCUUGAGUGGAUAACGGAACCAAGCCACGGAUUCUAUAGAGAAUUUGCAGAAUACAUAAUGGCACAGUCUCUACCGCAGUCUCUUCCUCCCCACCUCCCAAGGCGCAUUUUUUGGUUUGGGGUUGAACAGUCGUUGACAACCAUCUCUGCCGAAGCAGCUUCCGGCUUUCUUAAUAAAUACCGACCAUUAUGUCAGACACACUCACCUCUCCUGCUGGGACUGGCGCAGACAGAAGCUCAAGUCUCAUUGGAAUUGGCAUCGUAUGCGCAAUUAUCCCGUCACUUAUUGUGAUGCUUCGCGUUGGGUACCGUAUAUCCACGAGAACGGUAUCCAUCUCAGAUAUAUGUAUAACUCUUGCAAUGAUACUAAACCUUGGGCACUCGAUUGUAGUCAUUAUUGCUGCUGUCUACUGGGGAUUUGGAAAACACGAGGCAGAUCUCUCCGCAAACAUCAGAAAUGCCCCACAGGGUUUGCUGUACUUCUGGCUCGAUCAGCUUUUAUCCAAGCCCACUAUGAUGUUCACCAAGCUAUCUCUCAUCUUUAUAUAUCGACGACUAUUUCAGACGACCAGCACCGCAUUAAUUCGAUUCUGUCGUGGCCUAAACUACUUCUUAACAAUCCUCAUCGUUGGAUAUUACAGUGCCACUUUUUUAAUUGUAAUAUUCGAAUGCACGCCAGUUGACAAGUCAUGGCAUCGCCACAAACCAGGCACUUGUAUCAACAAGUAUAUCUUCUUUUACUUUACGGGUGCCGUUAAUAUUACGACCAGUUUACUCGUCAUAUCAAUGCCUCUUCCAGUCCUUGUCAAGCUCAAGCAUCGCAAAACUAAGAUCACUCAGCUACUGGGUUUGAUCUUGCUAGGUCUGAUUGACACCGCCGCAAGCGUGAUCAGGAUGUUUACCCUCACUUCCGCUGCCGCUUCAGCGGCCGACUUCACUUGGACUAUAACUAGCAGUUUACUUGCAACCCGUCUUGAGAAUAGCAUCGCCGUUAUCGCCGCUAGUCUAGUGGUAAUGCGGCCUUGCUUCACAGCUAUCCACCGAAUGAUAUAUCCCGAUAGCCACACUCAUCGUUCCAUUUCUGGCAAUAAAUACAGCGGAUACAUGGCAUCCCCACCCAACAAAAGCGGCGGAGGAGACGUUUGGAAUAAAAUUACCAAGGUUGUGGAAGUCGAGCUAGCGAGCAGAUCUAUCUCGACGGAAGAUAUCUUGAGAAGUCAAGAUCGAUUCUAGGAUGGGCGUACAGUACUUGGCCACUUCUGUUUAGGCGAAACCACCCCGCAGGAAAAUGACCAUUUUCCCACUUCCAUUCUUUUAUUAAUAACUCCAUAAUCAUUUAUCCUAUAAUUCUCCUCGUG